AAUGUUCGAGUCGGCGCCAAACGUGGGGAGUACAUCGAACCAUUUUUCGCUAAUUAGAGAGUGCGAGCAGUUUUGGUCUAUAUGGCGCCAUGAGGGUGGACGUCGACGGGCAAGAGGCGACGCCGGCGAGCACCGAGACCACCGCUAGUAACACUGACUCCCCCGCCUCGUCACUCGAUGAUUGUGGUGUGACAGCCUCGGACGAGAUCCCAACGCCCGAAAGGGCUCUGCUGGCCAAACUGGAGGAGGAGAAUAGAAGAAUCGAGGCGGACGCGAAGAGUCUCGCCUCGCUCACACAUGUCCACAGCAGGAAGAGCUCGGAUACCUCACAGAUUUCGCUCGCUUCGGCGACAAGCUCCAACUACGAUGAGGCUCGGGUUGGCAACGGCGAGGAGGACCUCUGGAGUCUCUGGGGCCGUCUCGUGUCCAACUGGGAGACGGAGUGGAGGAGGAGGAACCAGUUCGUCCGUGACCUGGUGCGGCAGGGCGUCCCGCACCACUUCAGGGGUAUCGUGUGGCAGCUGCUCGCUGGAGUUGAUGCCUCACCAGAUAAGAAGCUGUACGCGUCGUAUAUUAAGGCUAAAUCAGCUUGCGAGAAGGUGAUCAGACGCGACAUUGCCCGCACUUACCCCGAGCAUGACUUCUUCAAGGAAAAGGACGGCCUAGGCCAAGAGUCUCUCUUCAAUGUCAUGAAGGCCUACUCAUUACACGACAGAGAAGUCGGCUACUGCCAAGGAUCGGGAUUUAUAGUCGGCUUGCUGUUGAUGCAGAUGCCGGAAGAAGAGGCUUUUGCUGUGCUAGUGAAGAUAAUGCAGCAGCACCGCAUGCGGGACAUGUUCAAGCCGAGCAUGGCCGAGCUGGGGCUGUGCAUGUUCCAACUGGAAAACCUCGUGCAGGAGCUGCUGCCGGACCUGCACGUGCACUUCCAGUCGCAGAGCUUCAGCACAUCAAUAUACGCCAGCAGUUGGUUCCUGACGUUAUUCACGACGACUCUAUCUCUACCCCUGGCUUGUCGCAUCAUGGACGUGUUCCUAUCUGAGGGCAUAGAGAUUGUCUUCAAAGUCGCACUAGCCAUGCUCACCCUGGGGAAGAAUGAUCUACUAUCACUGGACAUGGAAAGCAUAUUGAAGUACAUACAAAAGGAAUUACCUCUAAAAGCAGAGGCGGAUCAAGACGGUUUUAUGAAUUUGGCUUACUCCAUCAAAGUGAAUCCCAAGAAGAUGAAAAAGUUAGAAAAAGAAUACACAGUCAUCAAAACUAAGGAACAAGGCGACAUAGCUGUUUUGAGAUGUCUACGCCAAGAGAAUCGCCUUCUAAAGCAGAGAGUGGAACUCCUCGAGAAGGAGUCUUCGGCGCUCGCGGAAAGACUGGUCCAGGGUCAGGUAGACCGAGCUGAAGGUGAGGAGGAGACGUUCGCCCUAGCGAGGGAAGUCCAGGCCCUGAGGAGGGCGAAUGUGGACGCUCAGCAGCGGUUGGCAGUCGCCCAGGACGAGAUUAGGUCCUUGGAGAUGACCAUAGCUGAGAAUAACUCUCGUCAGUCGUCCCUCGAGGGUACAGAAAACAGCGCUAAAGGAGAGGAGUUAGCUCGGUGUCUCCAACGAGAGCUGGUCCGCGCUAGGCUGCAUGCUGCAGAGCGAGAGGCAGCCGAGAGGGAACUGACCGCUAGAAUAGCAGAACUGGAGAACGAGAACAAGAGUUUGAGAAAACAGCGCGUUGAUAACAACGUGGCGCAUCUACAGGAUGAACUGAUAGCGGUGAAACUGCGUGAAGCCGAGGCCAAUCUCUCCCUGAAGGAUCUCCGUCAGCGAGUCACUGAACUGUCAGAGUCCUGGCAGAGGCAUCUAGCUGAGCACAGACAAGAGCCGACGCCACCGCCAGCCCAGUCCACCGUGGUGUCAGACAUCAUGGCGACCCCUAAGAAGUUGCUGCGCGCCUGGGAGGGACGGUCGGGCGAUAUACAGAAGUUGGACGAGGAGCUCAUGACCACCAGGAUACGAGAGGUGGAGGCGCUGACUGAGUUGAAGGAGUUGAGGCUCAAGGAGAUGGAGCUGCGUACUCAAGUCCAAGUUUCCACAAAUCAACUGCGGCGACAGGACGAAGAGUUGAGGGAGCUAAGAGAAGCCCUAGAUGCGGCCCUGCAGAGAGAAAGGGCAUUACAGGCCCGCCAAAGGGAGUUCCAACACAAAUACACUGACCUUGAGAGCAAGGCCAAGUAUGAGUCCAUGCAGGCGAAUAUCAAGAACAUGGAAGACGCACAGAGAAUAGCUGAACUGGAGACUGAAGUUUCGGAGUAUAAACUCAAGAACGAAGUGAUGGCUACAGAAGGUGAACUUCGCAGUAACAAUGUCGACGACUCGGACCGAGUGAGGGAGAUGCAAGAGCUAGUUGCUGAAUUGAAGGCCGACGUCAUGAGAUUAGAGGCGUGGAAGGCUCGAGCGCUGGGGCGGACGCUCACCCACGCCGUCUCAGUAGAAGAGGAUUUGGAAGAAGAUGACAAGCUAAGACUUAUCCUAAGAAGAGAAUCGUCAGCAUCUCUAGACUUGAACAGAAAGAAUUCGACAACAUCGCUCGACAGUAGGAAAAACUCGUAGCAAUGUUGUAAGCCCAGUUCAGAAGUUGGCGGUUCCGGCGUCUUUAUAAUUUAGCGGUUAGCGCUGGCGGCCUUAUAAUUUAGUGGUUAGCGUUGCCAUCUUUAUAAUUUGGCGGUUAGAGCCGCCAUCUUGGCGGCUGCUUCUAAAAUAUUAAACUACAAUUUUUGCGCAAUAAUCGUUGUUAAUACACUAUUAGGCCAAUCACUGAAUAUAAGUAAUAAUAUUUAUUAAUAUUGUAACAUUACAGUGUAGUAAAACAGGGUUGCUUAAAUUCCCGAAUUCAUAUUUAGGUUAUUCAACGAUUGUAAUAAUAUAAUUAAAAUAUAUUAUUAUAGAUUCAGUGAUUGGACAUGAUUGUGUAUAUAUUUAGUUUACUGUAUUUAAUUUUUAAUAUAUAGAAAAUUUGUAUGUUUAGAACUAAAACUAUGCUUAGAACACUUACCUACUGUCAAUAUUAAUGUUCAUAAUUUCUAGCAUCAUAACUUCGAGCUCAAAGCUACUCAUUGUAUCUGAUCAUAAUGAUAAGAUGAGAAUAAAAAUAAAAAUUUUGGAGACAAUUUCAACGUCUAAGACGUCUUAAAUAGUAUCGUGACGUCGAUCUAACAUGGCGGUUUCUGCAAAAAGUGGCCGCCAUUUUAGAUAAGGUAUACGGAUUAAUUCGUACAUGGUUCCAUUUCUCCUUGUCUCUUUCGCAAACGAAUAUUAAGCAAACGUAGCAAAAUUGGUGCGCGAGUGAAAUAGACAUCGAUGGGUCAAUGUACGAAUUUCUAUGUGAUCCGCGACCGGACUAUAUAACAACAUGUGCAAUUACCGAGUUGGAAAAAUGCCUUUAAAGGCCUAAAUACGAAUUUUGUAGUGUUUGUAAUGGACAUGUCAACUGACAUAUAAUAAUGAGGUAGUCGUGUUCGUCUCAUUUUUCUAUCGUGCAAAUGUUUUGUUACGUAUAAUAUCACGUAUGUCAAAGUCAUGUCAUGACAACGCAAGUUGAUGUGUAACUUUCCUCGCGUUCCAUUAAGCGUUAAAAACGAUCAAAACGCUCAAAAUGACUCUUAUUUUGAGCGUUU